AAGAUGGAAAAUUGCAAACUUGUAGAUGAGGUUGAGCAAAAAUUGAGAAGUUUUGACGACUUUCUCAAAACUUCUGCUCAUGCCUUGAAAGUUGGUCUUCAAAAAUAUCUUCAGUACUUUCUUUGCCCCCAGCCUUGGGACUGGCCUGCUCAAUUCUAUAUGAGACAGGUUCAGUAUAACAUUCCUGAAAACUUUCCAUCUUCCUUGAAAAACAUUAUACCAAUGAUUGGUCCUCUGCAUAUUCAGCUGAAUGCAAGAGAAUGCUUUUGCCUUCUGAACAUUGACUUCUUUAAAAUUUUCUAUUCCUUUAUCUUUGGGGAUAAAAAGCAACUUGCAAACAAGCCAAAACCAUGGAGAAUUUCUUUGCUGUUAGAGAUACUUUAUGGUGGGUGGACACUCAUCAGAGAACAAGUAAUUGUCAUUUUCUCCGAUUGCAAAAGCAUAGAGUUCCUAACUCUCUUGAACAUCUUAGACAAUUACCUUCCACCUGUAUUGUCUAUCUACUUAGUCAUCUUUAAAACUGGUAGAAGCUCUGAGUACCUGGAUGCAGUGUUGAGGUGUUGGUUAAUGUUCUUUUGCUACAAAAGACAUCCUUAUAACAAAGCUCCUUUGGUCUGGCUAAGUAAUAUUCUGUUUUGGCAGGCUAAAAAUCAUCCACUUUUUCAAGCUCUUUUAAGCAGCCUCAAUGCUUUUGAUGAAUACCCAGUGGAGAACUUCCACUCUCUCUUAAGAUCACAAACAGUGCAAUCUGAUGAUGCUGAACUCAAGAAAGGCCAAAGGAGUUGACAGCAACAAGACAACAUCAGCUAAAUUUUCAUCAGCAUUUGUGAGGCCAAACAAAUUUAACUUCAGCAGUUCAAAACUCAAACAGCUGAAAAUCAAGGCAUCCAAAUUUAUUUUCAACAUUUUAAAAAGUAUAAAGGAACAGCCAAUUGCAGCAUCCCAAGUCAAUCGCCCAGCAAAUCGGCAAAAAGGCAUGAAAUAUUGGAAACUGCCUCAUAUAUAUGGAGAAACCAUUGUUUCAUCGAAAGUGCUACCAGUAGGAUUUCAGUUUGCAGGGAAGGAACCAAAUCCUUUAAGGUUUGUAGCACCGAGAGCUGGGCAAACUGCCAAAUAGAUAAAAACACUUUAGCAAAAAAUCUUUAAAAAUUGUUUUUGGUGCAUAUAUACAAUAUAAGUACUUUGCUUAGUAUACAACUGUUUACAAGUAUACAAUAUCCAAAAUCAUAUACCCUUGGCUUUGUUUCAAUUCCUUGUCCUAUUUACCUAGCCAAUUUCAGGUUUAGAAAUAAACUCUUUACUGAUUUUUUAAAAUGAGGUGGUGUCAAAAUCAAUUUUUCUAGUAUUGUCAAGUUAAAAAUCUAUAGCUACUUAUCGAAUAACAACUAAAUGCAAAGUAAAAUAUGUUUUGAACCGAACACAAGUUAUUGCUAGGUCCCAUUGUCUCAUAAUAAUUGCCUUCAAAAUUACAAUAACAUGAUAUGCCCCACUUAUACGAAAUUUUUAUAAAAUGUCUGGAACUUAAACGAAAUGUUUGUUGUAGCAAAUGCGACAUAGCCGACUGUACACACCAAGAGACAGGAUCUGGCAUCAUAUUGUUCCAGACAUGUGGGCACUCCUUCCACACUGAAUGCUUGUCCGAUGAAGAGAAACGGGCAUGUACAGUUUGCAGUGAGGAGAUUCUCAAGGCCAUGAAGACCCUAGCCUCAACAGCAAAGGAAUCUAUCUUCAAUCCAGACAUCAAAGAAACUCCAAUGUCGAAUGCGCACAAAGAUGAUGACAUUACCGAUGAUGAAAUUGUGGAAGAAGACAACCUGGACGCUGGAGAAUCAUGCCUACAAAUUCAACAAUAAAUUUGUAGCUGGGGCCUUAUAAAUGGUCCUAUUUGAAUUAUUUAAAAAUCGAAAAUCAAUUUUACUAAAGACAGAAAAGUGGCCUAGGCCUCUAAACUACGCUAUAAAUUAUUGAUACAGUAAACUCUAGUUGUUUUCACUCCAUUUAAAUUUCGACCAAAACAUGUGGGUAUUAACAUUCUGCUUCAUCCAGCUACAACCCCCAUGCAACAUUUUGUGUACCUGUGAAAAUACGUGUUGCCAAUCCAUCACGGAUUCAAAACUCUUUGCAAUAGUUUUCCCGUCAAAAUACAGCUCCCUGUAGAAUAAACUCAGCAAAACACGCCUGUCAAAUCCCAGAAUUCAACCAUGAUAACACGGAAAAGGCCAAUGGCGCAACAUUUGACAAUUCCCUCCAUAACUUUCGCAAAACUUGAGAUCGCCCGUUAGCUUUUUCUGGAAAUGUUUGCGGGGUCAUUGGAAUAAAAUAGCCAAGUUUUAUCCCAUUCCCCCAAUGUAUGUGUGAUCAGAUUCUCAUGAGGCCAAAAAACGUGCUUCUCGAAGACUUUCUCGCAACCUUAUUGGUUCAGUUCGAAGAAGAUUCCCGUGGCGGUGAUUCCUUCCCUAGCCAUUCAAGAUUUGAGGCUUAUGCUGGUUUGUAGAAAAAUUGCGUUCUGUAGUCAUAAGUUGCGGCUUAUUGGAAAUAGUCUAGUGAAUAAUUUUUAACAGGCUAUCCAGUUGCAAUGCUUGCCAGUCCUGUUGAAAUGGACGUUUUUAUCUGUAUAUACACAGAUAUCAGCAAGAAGUGUAAAGUUGACAUACCCUUUUCCAUUUUUCUUCAACAUCCUAAUACAUAGCUAGAUAAUGAGUCAAACCUAACUACAUUUAGUGUUAUGAUCAGUAUCUCUAGACAUAAGUGAGAAGUUUAAUGAUCCUUUCCCUAUUCCUGUUAUUCUUAAACUCCCUCAAACAUAGUCAAAUGGAGAUUCAAACUUUUCUACAUUCUGUGUCAUUUUAAUGGUGGUGUAUUUAAACCCAUGAAUGUAUCCUAACUCGUGAAUGUAUUGGGCUUCUCGGCCAUGCCUUAGUUAGUGGCGGAAGCCAAGAGCCAAAGUAAUUCCCCUGUUAGAGUACCUGCGGCAGUGGGCGUGGGUUGUGUACCGACAGGUCAUAACAGGGAGCAUCUUGCCACUCCAACAAUUAAAAGAAACCAUGAAAAGAUUUAUAAAGUACAAAAGUGUUAAAAUCACCUUGUAGUAGGGGAAAUAAAAACAAAACUCUGUUUUGCAAUUAUCCCCACAAAUGGCUGUUAGAAUGAUUUUAGAAAAGUAUCUGAUUUGGGAUUGUGAAUAAGCAAGCCAUACAGAUUUCCAUAGGCCCAACAAUCUUCUUUCAAUAAUACACUAAUCGUUAUGCUGCUCUGAAAGUUGCAAAGUAUGUAUAUUAGCAGCACGUACAACAGUUUGGAAGGAAGAUUUUUUCUAUGUUGAAUUUGUAUUAGUUUGGCCUUUUUAAUCAAAUGCUACAAAAUAGGUAUGCUGAAGCUGAAACAGUUCAGAAACAAUGAUUGCCCUGUCUGGAAUCGUUAUAUUAAGGCAACAUUACCAAGGCAAACAACAAGCCAGGUCAAGGCAGACAGAGCCUGGCACAUGCCAGCGCCAUAUAAUUGAAACAAAAUAAAUAUCAACUUUUUUUAUUUAGAAAGUUGAUAUAAACAAUUUAACAAUGAUAAUUUUUACAAUGAUUUUGAGGUUAAGGAGAUGAAAGAGUUAAUAAGUAUGAUUAUGAUUAGAUGAACGUAACAAUAGAAAACAUGUAGUGUACAAUGUGAGUUAUCAUUUUAAAUGAGAUACAAGAUACAAUUCCAAAUGACAAUAUUUUUACCAAAAUUAAUAUAUAUAUACAUGUGAAAAAAGUAUUCAAUUCUAAAUGACAUUAUUGUUGCAAAACGUAAUAUAUAUACAUGUGAAAAAAGUGCUCUUCAUAUCAUAACAUUACUUGAUAUGAUGAAGAUAUAAACCAAUCUAAAUAUUUACAGCAUACGCAAAGAUUGGGUGUUUAUACAAGCGGGGUUCGUCAAUACACGGAUGUAUGGCUAUUUCUCAUGCCACGAUAAAGUUUUAGAAGCGGGGGUCCCCCUAACUCUCUGCCUUUUUUUUGCAUUCCUGAGUUGUUUUAGCAGUUUGGAUUUCCUACGGAGAAAUUGUUUUUUACGGUUUCUUGAAUAAGUUUUGGUAAUAUCAAGGAAAUAGUUUUUGCUGUGUUCCCACCAUUCGAUUAAUGAUGGGAAAGACUCUUGUGAUUGUACCCAGUCUUCAAUAAAUUUGUUAAUUGCGUUGAUAAAUUCCUGUUCGCAGGGCUCAGCCCAACUGAAUUGCAAUGGAAAUGCCUAACCCUGGAAGAAAUACCUUCUUGAUCACUUUUUUUCCGUUUGAGCCUGGCGCAUGCCAGCACCCAUGUAAUUGAAACAAAACAAAUAUUUACAAUUAAGUAUUUACAAAGUUAGUAUAAUUAAUUUCAUAAUGAUAAUUUUCACAAUUAUUUUGAAGUUAAAAUGUGAAGUAGUUAAUAAGUGUGAAAAUGAUAAAAUGAACGUAAGGAUAGAAGACAUGUAGUGUAAAAUGCCAGUUGACCAAACACUUGAAUUUUGGGCCGAAAUUCAUUCUCUCCAAGACUUUUAGAAGAAACUCCCAGUUGACAUGGUCAAAAGCUUCUUCUUCGUCAA